GCCAUGUCAACUGCCGUGUGGCCGCCCAUCGACGAGGCUCGGCUGGCCGAUGAGCAGGCGGCGUCUCAAGCCCGGGAGCUCGAAUGGCUGCUCGUGCAGCUCCGCGAGACGCUGCAGUCGCUCAAGGCAGGCCUGGAAGAGUGCGCUGCCCUCCUUGCGCCGACUGAGAACGGGUCCACUCUGGUGCUGUCAUCAGUACGGUCUGAGAGCCUCAAGGGCCUCGUCACCAGGAUUGGAACGCGCAUCACCAAGGGUAACAUCAAGCUACGCCUAACAAGCCUCCCUCCGCCAAAGGGCUCUCAUACAUACGACUUGACCAUCUCGUCCGCCCCGCAGGCGCCCACGCUCGUUGUACCCCAGCUUACGAACCUACGGACAUCGAUCAACAGCUGUUUAGAUGUCAUCGACGUUGCUACCUGGGGUGGAGAUGCGACCAAUGCGAGCUUCGUUGCAGGACAGCUACAGCUCCUGCACGACCAUAUACUGGAGGCACGACAGGCGUUACGAGGGUACUCGGACGUGCAGAUGACAUGGUGGGAGAAUCCAGUGGAUGAGAACACUUUCGACCCUCCACUACCAGCCAACGUCUCCUUCCACAUGUUCAUCUUCGACGCCGCCCUCGGCCUCGAGAUUCGCACCCUCGAACCACACCAUGUUGGGGAGAAGUCAUCGCUCAGCGGCUUCAGCCUCCGCGACAGCCUGGCAGUGGCACUGGGUGGCACACGACCGCCGGUUCACGACGAGGCGGACCGCACAUUCAAGUACAGGGGCCAGGACGUCCGCGUCAAGGAGAAGAUACGAGUCGAAAGCCAGGAUCCCGCCCUCAUCUCCGCCUCAGCAAAGCUCAACGCACUCGAACACAGCGUAAUGCUGAGCCGCAAAGCCCUUGACAUCGUCAUGGACCACGAUGAGCAGUCUGACUAACUCCGCUGAAGUUGACUGCGGACAAUCGCCCGUGCAGCCAUUGGGCGGA